CCAAGGAACUUUGGAAAUUGCUAAAAAAGCCGAUUUACUAAUUCAACCGGUCGGAGCUAGUCGCGAUGACUUAUUGCCCGCCUUGCGAGAAUUCAACGCUUUAAAAGCCCAAGGAAUAAACAAGAAAAAGUCAUUAUUUGUCCUUAAUCACUUAUCUACUCCCGCCGAAAAAAAGCCUCUUAUCGUCAAUCCCAAAGUGAAGGCAAAAGUAUUAGUGAG